AUGUUCAAGUCUAUCAUCUCCCUUGCUCUCUUCGCUGGAGCUGCUUUUGCCCAGAAUAUUGCAAUCGCCAACCCCGUGCAAGGUGCAUCGGUGGCUCCAGGCAGCGAUUUGAUUGUUCAGCUCGAGAGGCCAAACUCUCAGUCGCCCUCUGAAGAAGUUGCUGUCGUUAUUGGCAUUCAGUCGUGCUCUAGUCAACCCUGUGCCGCUCCUGCUGAUAUCUUUGGUCAAAUGUUGUACAAUGGGGCUUACGACCCCGUGACCCACGAGCCUCAGUUGCCCAAUUACCAAAACAUCUCUGUGAAGAUCCCUGCUUCGUUGCCCAAAGGAACUGCUCAGAUCAACAUUCUUCAUGUGAAUUUGGUUGGCGCUGGUCCGACCCCCGACCUCCAGACUCUGAACCAGACGAUCACGAUCACCUAG